AUGACUCUACUGCUUCUACUACUCUACGACUCUACGGCCGUCUACUGCCCCGCGGACGGGCGACUGCUCUACUGCCGCUUCUCGGCUGCGACGCCGUACGCUUCGACUGGGGGCCUGCCCUACUGGGCGGCGAUCUGGCUUGCUUACUGCUUCACUGCUUCUACUGACUCUAUAGCCUUCUACUGGCAUCGUCUGCUUCUAACGUCUGCUUCUUCAGCCUCGAACGGCUCGACUGGGGCCGCGACUGCUGCUACUUCCGACGCUGACUUCCGUCUACUGCCUCAAGGCUUCUUCUACUGCCUCUACUGCCUCACUGCGGUCUACUGGCCUCGACUGCCUUACUGCCUCUACUGCUUCUACUGCUUCGACGGGCUUCUACGGCCUCGACAGCUCUACGCCUCUAACUGCGUCGACUGA